AUGACGUUUAGAUGAUCCCAACUAUUACAAUGUCACCGGUACUCAAUGCGAGAGGGCUCGCCAGCCCAUAUUAUCUUAGGAUUUUAAAGCCGCUGUCUUCGCUUGAGUGACAACAACAAGGACUUCAAUUAUCAAGACUUUGACCCAAUGAGUCGCAGGACGAAAGCAAGAGGCAUGUCCACCCCAACCAGCUCAACUCUCGCACAAACUUUAUACUCCCUCCCUCAAUCCACCCCCUAUCUCUCCCCCUGCAUAGUACCCACCUGCUCCCUCUCCACCUCUUCAUACCCCGCCAACCUCGCCCUCCCCUCUUCCCUUUCCACGAUCCUCCCCACGAGCAGCCUUUUCAUCCCCUGCACCCCUAAUAACGCCCGUCUCACCACCAACCUCCACCCUUUCAUCCUUCCUCUUCCGCGCCCUAAUCCUCAACUGCGUCUUCGUCGGGUGGUUCCGCCCAAUCUGCCGUGUAGCCAGCUUCUCCCUCCUACGACGCAGAUAGACAAAGUACGCGCCAACAAGCAGCAACGAGAGGAUGACAAAGCCACCGAUGCCGAUACCCACGCCGGUGCUGAUGCUUUUUUCUGGCGACUGAGGUAGCGGGGGAGGAGCGCAUGAACGGGGUGAGCAGUAGGUGCCAUUGGAGACAAUACAGGGGAUGGAUAUUCACGCAGAAGGAACGAACGAGCCCCCUCCCUGGACCGCAAGUACUAAAGUACUGUCGCCGCUCCUAUCCGUAAGGAUAUGUUGUUACCGUGUAAACGUGUUAUUUUCUGCUUUCCCCGGCAAAGUCCAGUCAAGC